AUGUCUUCUUUAGAACCUACGAGUGGUAAACGUAUUGCACUUCCUGUACGAGUUGAACCCAAAGUAUUCUUUGCAAAUGAACGUACAUUCUUAUCAUGGUUAAACUUUACUGUCGUUCUUGGAGGAUUAGCGAUGGGUUUAUUAAAUUUUGGUGAUCGUAUUGGACGUCUGUCAGCCGUGUUAUUUACGACAAUUGCAAUGGGUGUCAUGAUCUACGCCUUGUGGACUUUUCAUUGGAGAGCAAACAAGAUUAGAAAUAGGGAAGCAGCAGCUUAUGAUGAUCGUGUUGGACCCACUGUUCUCUGUAUCUUUUUGUUAGCAGCUGUCGUUGUGAACUUUUGGCUUCGUAUGGGUGGAAAGCAUUAA